AUGGCGACAUACGCGCUCCCCCAGACUCACAAAGAGAUGCUGGAGAUGUCCCUUGUGGACUCGGACCCUGAGGUCGCUGAGAUCAUGAAAAAAGAGAUUCAGCGGCAACGGGAGUCCAUCAUCCUGAUUGCCUCAGAGAAUGUCACAUCCCGCGCUGUCUUCGAUGCUCUGGGUUCACCCAUGUCCAACAAGUACUCUGAGGGUUACCCGGGCGCCCGCUACUACGGUGGCAACCAGCACAUUGAUGAGAUUGAGCUCCUCUGCCAGAAGCGUGCGCUCGAGGCUUUCCACGCUGACCCUGCGAAAUGGGGUGUCAAUGUCCAAUGCCUGAGCGGCAGCCCCGCCAACCUCCAGGUCUAUCAGGCUAUUAUGCCUCCCCACGGCAGGUUGAUGGGUCUAGAUCUUCCCCAUGGUGGCCAUCUCAGUCACGGCUACCAAACUCCCCAGCGGAAAAUCUCUGCUGUCUCGACAUAUUUCGAGACCAUGCCGUACCGUGUCAAUCUCGACACCGGUAUCAUUGACUACGACCAACUCGAGCAGAAUGCCCAGCUCUUCCGUCCCAAGAUUCUCGUGGCCGGUACCUCGGCUUACUGCCGCCUCAUCGACUACGCGCGUAUGCGCAAGAUUGCCGACUCGGUUGGCGCUUACCUGGUGGUUGACAUUGCGCACAUCUCCGGUCUGGUCGCCGCCGGUGUGAUUCCCUCUCCGUUUGACUACGCCGACGUGGUCACAACCACCACCCACAAGUCGCUCCGCGGCCCUCGUGGCGCAAUGAUCUUCUUCCGCAAGGGCGUCCGGUCCGUCGACGCCAAGACCGGCAAGGAGACUCUCUAUGACUUGGAGGACAAGAUCAACUUCUCCGUCUUCCCCGGCCACCAGGGCGGCCCGCACAACCACACCAUUACCGCGCUCGCUGUUGCGCUCAAGCAGGCUGCCACCCCCGAGUUCGUUGAGUAUCAGAAGAAGGUGGUUGCCAACGCCAAGGCUCUCGAAAAGAAGUUCAAGGAACUCGGCCACAAGCUCGUAUCCGACGGCACUGACUCGCACAUGGUUCUUCUCGACCUGCGGCCCCUGUCCCUCGACGGUGCCCGUGUCGAGGCGGUCCUCGAGCAGAUCAACAUUGCCUGCAACAAGAACAGUGUUCCGGGCGACAAGAGUGCCCUCACGCCCGGUGGACUCCGCAUCGGCACGCCGGCCAUGACCAGCCGUGGUUUCGGUGAGGCAGACUUUGAGCGGGUCGCUGCUUACAUUGACGAGAGCAUCAAGAUUUGCAAGGAGGUCCAGGCCACCCUUCCCAAGGAGGCCAACAAGCUCAAGGACUUCAAGUUCAAGGUGGCCAGCGGCGAGGUUGCUCGCAUCAACGAGCUGAAGAAGGAGAUCACGGAGUGGUGCCUGAAGUUCCCGCUCCCCGUUGAGGGCUGGAGGAUGGAUGCUGGCAUUUAA